AUGCCCAAGAGAUGGGAGUACCGAGUCGAGUGCCCCGACAACGGCCACAAGACUUUCACUGGGCAGCAGGUGAUUAACUUGCUCGACGCGGCGCUGCAGGACUCCCGGUGGCCGGCCGAAGACAAGUGCGACGACCGUUGGCCGGAGUACUGGUCCAAGCGCAUUACACGCACCGAGGUCCGCAGGGUGCUGCCAGACGAUGUGUGGCGUGAGCGACCAGAUGUUGAGCUUCCGGCAGCGAAGCGGAGGCGGGUUGCAUGCGCGAAGAAAUGGUUGUAUCAUACCAAUAAGCCCAAGACGGUUUCUACUUAG